UUUCUUGUACUCAAUACUUCUCCUGCUGGGUUUCUUCCUCUUUGGUGUUAGAAAGUAUCCAGAGCUGUGGUGGUUUCAAGCUCAUACAGUUUGUCUGUCUUUUCAACUACAACGUUGACGUUUCUUAAAGACAAACAAGUCGCGCAAUACCUCAAGCACCGCAGUCCAACCAAUUCUGCGUCGACCAUUACCAGAUCCAAGCUCAAGAUAAUAGGGUUUUCGAUAUUAAAAUCAACACAAACUCGAGGAAAUCGACCUCAUGGCAUGACCUGUCGUUGGUACCAAAGUAACCAACAAAGAGAAUGCCCCGCCAAACGCAUAUUCUUAUUGGGCACAGGAACGAAAUCGUCCACUUGAACCAAUAUGUGGGGGUAAGAUGGGAUUGUGAGAUACCAUGGCUUGGAGAACAAUAUCAGCCCGACUUCUCAUUGUUAAAGCAACGCAAAUAAGGCAACGGGAUAUAAUAUAAGUAUUGGUUCAUCAACUGAGUUAUGAGAGCCCGUUCUCGUCACACACGCCCUCGACCUCGCGUUUUAUUUCCACGCAUCAACAACAGCAACAGCAAUACUGUCACCAGCAAUAUCAGAUCAAACACAAGAAUGGCUUCAGCUGCAACAGCGCCACAGCCCGAUGUUGAACUAUCCAUACCGCCUCUCUUCACUACUGAACCUCUCAUCCGCGAUAGCCUACCCACAGAGUCAUCGCGUGUCCAGGAUGCAACGAUAGACGAAGUCCUACCUUUUCUUCAAGGUGAAGAAUUCGACUACUGCAACUCCCACGGCCUGCCCCAUCUGGACCGUCGCCUCCAUGUAAAGUUUUUGCAUAAGCAACUGGGAAAGCUGCCCGCCGCUUUCACCACCGCUGACCCCAGUCGGCCCUGGUUCUUCUAUUGGUGUCUGUCUGCUCUUGUUCUUCUAGGAGAGGAUGUCACGGAGUACCGCCAGAGACUUGUCGAUACCGUUCGACCUAUGCAGAAUCAAGAUGGAGGCUUCGCUGGCGGGUUCGGACAUACCUCGCAUCUCGCCACCUCCUAUGCAAGCGUUCUGUCGCUGGCCCUGGUCGGCGGUGAAGACGCCUACGAGGUCAUCGACCGUCGAGCAAUGUGGAGAUGGCUAUGCUCACUCAAGCAGCCCGAUGGAGGGUUCCAAAUGGCACUCGGCGGCGAAGAGGACGUCAGGGGGGCUUACUGCGCGGCCGUCAUCAUAUCGUUACUCAAUCUACCUCUUGAGCUAUCACAGGACUCUCCUGCACGAUCCGCUGGCCAUACUGGUCUAUUCACUGGGCUUGCAGACUAUGUACACCGAUGCCAGACGCACGAGGGAGGCGUGUCGGCAAAGCCGGGCAUCGAAGCACAUGGUGCAUAUGCCUUUUGCGCUCUCGGAUGCCUCUCGAUUCUUGAUUCUCCACAUCGUUCUAUCCCGAGGUAUCUCAAUGUUCCACUGCUUAUCUCUUGGCUGUCUUCGCGACAGUACGCCCCAGAGGGUGGUUUCUCAGGUCGUACCAAUAAGCUAGUCGACGGUUGCUACAGUCACUGGGUCGGAGGAUGCUGGCCCCUCAUCGAGGCUGCACUCAACGGACCCGGGUCCGGCCCUGGAGGGGAAGAGGCCAAUUCAGGCGGCCACGCGCUCCCUGCGGCCAAGGAUAGCCUUUUCAGCCGUGAUGGCUUGAUCCGCUACAUCCUUUGUUGCUGUCAAGACCAGUCUAAGCGGGGUGGUCUGAGAGACAAACCGAGCAAGUACUCUGACGCCUACCACACAUGCUAUGUACUUUCUGGCUUGAGCGCAGCGCAGCACAAGUGGAACUUGGAUGUUGCUCGACCUCACGAGGCAGAUGUGACAGGCGACUCGUGGUCUGUGACACCGUGUAUGGAUGGUGAACAGAUCUUUGAUGAGGAAGAUCGAGUUGCUACCGUGCAUCCUGUCUACGUUAUUCCGCAGCAUAAAGUGGAAGAUAUGCAGAGUUACUUUUCGUCCAAACAUGGCUUCUAGAUCAAGUAGCACUCGUGUAGCGCUGGAUGGGGCUUGGAAGCCAUGAGAAAAGAGAGGCCAUGCAGCUGAGACACGUUAUUUUUCGAUGUACUUCAUAUGUUGGGAAUCUUGUGAGGGAGUAUAUUUGAAAUACCGAGGAUUGAUGCAUUGCUCGCUCGGGCGCACAGAUCUACUAGCUCUGUGGCAAUCUAGCCCAGACAGAGAUACAUAUUUUGGUAGCCAAAGCAUGACAUGGAACCUGCGUCGUCGAGGUUGGACAAACUGGGCUUAUCCAUCUUGGAUCAGAGAUACAGCACACAAACAAACAUGGACCGCAGUGCAUGCAUGAAUCAGAGUCAGAAUCAGUGGAUUCGCGGGGGGGGACAUUCAGCUUCUUCACACACAAGCCGACUUUAAUGGCGCCAUGUCGUGUCGUCAACAGGCAUGACAGAGUAACAGUGCAGCUAACAUGCAUUUCGAUCAAAUAACCAAGGCUGUAUGCCUGGCUGAGUCACAUACUUCUGGGACAUUGAGUGCUUGAACUUUGCUCCACUGUAACUUGAUCCUGUAAUCACAGAAAACCGUAUUGAAUUGAGACCUGCAUGAGAAAUCGAGACCAAUUUCUAUAAGCCCGCACAAAGAGAUGUGUUCUGAAAGGGUAGGAUAGAAUAGAAUUAGACUUGGAUUUCAAGAUAAUUGUCACUACUGGUUAGUUCCUAAAGAGCCCAAUCUUAUAUCUAUCUUGCAUUAUGAUGAGGUCAAUAAUGAACUGUGCCUCUUUCUUUAAUACGGCUUUCCCACCAGCGACACUCCCUCUUAAAACCCGCAAUUAAAUCCUGAAAAGACUCUUCUGCGGUGUUAUUCAAAAGUUUGCUUUGAAUUUACGCUUUGUGAAAGCCAAAUCAGCACAAACUUACCGCGAUAUCCAAGAUGGCAGCAUUUUACAGAAGGGAGCACGUUCAACCAUCUUGUCCUCAACAACAGCCAUUUAGCCAUUUUCAGGUGAGCAGUAUUAAAAGGUGAAUAGGAUUGGUUUGAUUAUUUUUAUUUGUCUGCGCGUCAGGAUGAACCCCCAGCGUUGCUCUAUCUGGUGAAAUGUUGAGUACGAAGCCAUAAUAUAAUGGACUUAUAUGCUCACUUAAAGUCUAGUUUUUACUAGCAACUACCUAAGAGAACCAAAAAGUCUUCAAUCAUACCGUCAAAAAGUUAUUGGUCAUCCUAUCAUCCGCCAAUGCCAUGUCAUAAGUUCCUGGCUGAGUCCUAGAACCAAGUGUCC